UUUGGAAUUGUCGGCGACCGUCAGCUACUUCCGCAUUGCUUCCUUGUUUAUGAACACGGUGACAGAAGACGCUUUAUUACAAAAUAAAGCAUUUUUCAUCUACAAAUGAUUUCAACGUUUACUGGAUACAUCUUCUGUCUUUAGAUAGUUUCGUGCGUCCGGGAUGGCCACAGCUGCAGCUGCAGAGGAGCCCCAGGGGCUGCAGACCCACCAUGGAAAUUCAACCGAGAGUGGGAAGGAGACUGCAGUAGGUAGUCUUGCGCCGGUUGUGAAGAAAACAAUUGGUCACCGUGGAGUGGAUCAGACUGGGGAGACUGUUUACAAAAAGACGCCCUCCUGGGCCCUGCAAGGCUCAAUCCAGUUGGGCAUCACUCAUACAGUGUGCAGCUUAGCUCAGAAACCCGAGCGAGACGUGCUGUUGCAGGACUUUGAAGAGGUGGAGACAAUCUACUUCCCUGGUGAAGGCAGCAGCCACACACCAGCACACCAUUAUGGAGACUUCACCUUCAAGACCUAUGCCCCGAUGGCAUUCCGUUACUUUAGGGAAAUGUUUUGCAUCCAGCCUGACGACUAUAUGUGUUCUUUGUGCAGUGAGGACCUCAUCGAACUGUCCAACUCGGGAGCCAGCGGAUCGCUCUUCUACCUCUCCAACGAUGACCAGUUUAUCAUUAAGACGGUGCAGCGCAAAGAGGCUGAAUUUCUGCAAAAGCUCUUGCCAGGAUAUUUCAUGAAUUUAAACCAGAACAGGCGCACAUUACUGCCCAAGUUCUAUGGGCUCUACUGCAUCCAGGCGCGCGGUUCAAACAUCCGCAUCGCGGUCAUGAACAACCUGUUGCCCUCCUCCGUCCAGCUGCACCUCAAGUUCGACCUAAAGGGCUCCACGUAUAACCGCCGCGCCUCCUCAAAGGAGCGAGCCAAAGCCUUGCCUACCUACAAGGACCUGGACUUCUUGCAGGACAUGUCUGAAGGCAUGAUGCUGGACGCCGACAUGUACAACGCUUUCUGCAAAACUGUCCAGAGGGACUGCCUCGUCCUGCAGAGCUUUAAGAUCAUGGACUACAGCCUCCUGGUCGGCAUUCACGUCAUCGAUCGGGCCAACCGAGAGCCGCCGACACAAGGGGAGUCGGCAACUGCUCCGAGAAAGAAGCCGCACAAGCAGAAGGUCCUGUACAACACGCCCAUGGAGGCCAUUCAGGCGGAAGGAAGAAGUGCGGGUUCGACAAACAGUGAUGACACCACGGGAGGGAUACCAGCACGGAACUGCAAAGGCGAAAGACUGCUGGUCUACAUUGGCAUUAUUGACAUUCUGCAGUCUUACAGAUUCAUCAAGAUGCUGGAGCACACGUGGAAAUCUCUGGUUCAAGAUGGGGACACGGUGUCAGUGCACAGACCAGGUUUCUAUGCGGAACGAUUUCAAAAGUUUAUGUGCAACACCGUCUUCAAGAAAGUCCAAUUGAAGACGUCCCCUUCUAAGAGGCGACACAGCACUCUCAGGAAGUCGGACAGCGCUGGAGCUCCUUCGGCAGAAGCGAGCAGCAGCAAGAACCAGAACCAGCAGCCCGUCAAGGCCCAAGACGAAAAAGGAAAAGAGGGCGAGGACCAAGACAACGGUGUAAAGGAGGCAACUACAUCCAAUGCUGAGAAUACAAACAGCUGAUCUCCUCAUCUAAAUGUGCUAAAACCACGCACAGUGAUUUUCACCUUUUCUUUUUUUUUUUUACUGCACUUUGAUUCUCUUCAGAGUCCUAAGCUUGUGCCUUGAAGUCAUUCUUGGUGUUACCUGGGCCCAUCCUUUGUUUGUGCCUUAUUAUUUAAUGGACCAAUCCAAUAUUUACAUGGAAAAGUGCUAACACGCAAUCACAGUUAUAAGUUAAGUGCCUUGAAAAAGCCAACAUUGCCUGUACAUUGAAAAUAAUGUAUACAAUGCACUAAAAACAUUACAUUACAUUCCACUUAGAUAGUCGUUAAGUAUUUUUAAUUUUUGAAAAUGUUUACAAUUUUUAAAAACAGAAGGCCCUUGAGGUCUUACUAAAGAUGUACUUUACAUGAGUAACUUGUAAGGAGCAAUUAUUGUGUUGUUUUCCUGCUAUGCAAUGCAAUUUUUUGUCUUCUCAAGUUCAUGGCUUUGGGGAGGGUGACAGGCAUUAAGUUGGUUGAGAGAAUAAUCAUCAUUG